GCAUAGCGCCUUGGCAUCUCGUAUCGACGCCCAGCCAAGACAAUACCCUACGCCUCAAAGUCUGAUGGCGGCGCCUGACCAGGGAAUGUUAAAGUGGGAGAAGCCCCCUCGAUCCUCUUCUCAUCACUCACAUCAUCCGCGCCAUGCGAUUCCUACCAUCCACCAGCCUCUGGUGGCUAUCCCUUUCCUCCCUCGCCAUCGCGUCCGAAAUCCCCUAUGACGCGCAGAUCGAAAUCGACGUGCUCUUCCCCCGCAACGAAACCUACAACAACCUGACCAGCUUCCCAGUCGUGCUCGCAAUCCAAGACGUAAAGUCCGCGUACCGCUUCGAAUGGGAGAUAAGCUGGACAAUGUACAACGCGGCACCGGGAGCGCGCGAAUUGGACUAUACUAGCGGAUAUGGGAGCUAUUCAAAUAUCGGGAAUAACCACUUCCAGUGGUACUUUGAUGAUGUAGCUGUUGUGCCGAUGAUGGGGUAUAACUUUACCAAGAUGAAGCCGGGCCCUUAUAGGCUUGAGUGGGAGUAUUAUACGACGCCUUGCACGAACAGGCCGCCGAAUACGAUCGUAUAUAAUAUCCGGCAGGUGAUUGCGUCUGGGGUGCAGUUCUUUAGUGUUGUUGAGGAUGGGAGUGGCUUGGACUUUGAGAUUCCGGUGGACGAGUGUCCCGCUUUUGGUGAUUUGUGGGCUGUCAAGGAGUCGACGUACUUGUAUUGUCCGUUUCUUCGAGAUAGUGAUGAUGGUGAUAAGGAUCCGUGCAAGGCCAAGUUGCAGAAUAGGGAGCAGGUGGACUGUAUCAGGGAUUAUCUGUUUGAGGGUACAAGGCAAGUGCCUAAUAAUGAGACAGAAGCCUGUCGUUCCGCGUUCAAGAGGGCCGAUGUUGCUUGGUUGGAACCGUUGAGUGAUGAUGGAGAUGAGGACGAAGGUAACGACGACGGUAGUUCUGACAAUGACGACGGCGGUUCUGACAAUGACGACGGCGGUUCUGACAAUGACGACGGCGGUUCUGACAAUGACGACGGCGGUUCUGACAAUGACAACGGCGGUUCUGACAAUGACGACGGCGGUUCUUCUGACAAACAGGACGACACCGAGGGCUAUGCUGUUUCUCAUCGGCCAGGCUUGUUUGGUGUUGCGGUUCUGGGGUUGUUAGCUGUGGCGGCCAUGUAGUAAUCAAUCACGCACAAUAAGGAGAUGAAUGAUGAUAAUCCAUGUUCCCGGGAGUUAAUUGAUACUUCCAUCCGGUUUCCGAAUAGAAAUCCCCCGAUAGUGAC